AAAAAAAUGAGGGGGACCAAAUACCAAAGCACAUAUUUUACUCCCCAUAUGUUUCGAACAUUUUUUCUUUUAAAUCAUUAAAAUUUACGGUCAACCAAAAUUAGACUAAUCAAUUUAUGCAAAAUAGUCACUUUCUACUCGAUCCCUGAUAAUAAAAAUUAUUAUAAGCCAAUGUUCUGGUCAUGUCACCUAGAAAAAUAAACCCAAUCAUAAGAACCAUCCCAACAAAUAAACCCAGCUACUUCCGCCACCGCCUUCUGAACUCCGGCCGCCGGGCCCUCUCCACCUCGCCCUUCUCCGCCAAACCCCCUUCGGUCCUCGCCACUGACGUCAUUAAGUCUUAUUUCCAGGCGGGCCUGGUCAACGAAGCCCGUAAGCUGUUCGAUGAAAUGCCUGAGAGGGACGUUGUGGCCUGGUCGGCCGUGAUCGGUGGCUACGCCUCCUGCAACCUUCACACGCAUGCCUGGCUCAUGUUCCGCGAGAUGCUCAGGGAUGACGGGGCGGGCGAGGUGAGCCCCAACGAGUUCACUUUCUCAAGCGUGCUCAAGGCCUGCAAGGGCAUGGGCUCGCUUUCCUCUGGGGCCUCAGCGCAUGGGCUGGCAGUCAGGCAUGGCGUGCUUGGGAGCAUUUAUGUGGCCAACACGCUAUUGGACAUGUACGCCGCCUGCUGCUGCUGCAUGGGCCCGGCCCAUGCAGUUUUUGAGGAGAUUGAGGUUAAGAACUCGGUUUCGUGGACUUCUUUGAUCACGGGCUAUACGCAUAAGGGGGACGGCCAUGGCGGGCUAAAGGUUUUUCGACAGAUGUUAGUGGAGGAGGCUGAACUGAACCCAUUCAACGUCUCCAUCGCUAUCCGAGCCUGUGCCUCGGUCGGCUCCCAACCCUACGGUCAGCAAAUACACGCCACCGUACUCAAGAGCGGCUUCGAAUCCAACAUCCCCAUCAUGAACUCCAUCCUCGACAUGUACUUCCGUUGCGCGGGCCCACCCGACGCCACCCGCUUCUUCCACACUAUAAAAGAACGAGACAUAAUCACUUGGAACACGAUGAUCGCGGGCCACGAGAAGCCCGACCCUCACUCGGCCCUCACCCUCUACUCGACCCUACUCUCCCUCAAUUCCCCUUCCCCCAACUCCUUCACCCUCACCUCCGCAAUAUCCGCCGCCGCCAGCCUGGCGUCCCUUCCCGCCGGGCAGCAGCUCCACGGAGGCGCCAUCAGGACGGGCCUAACGUCAGACCUCGGCGUCGCCAACUCGCUGAUCGACAUGUACGCAAAGUGCGGGAGCAUCUCGGGCGCGCGCGCGGUCUUCGACGGCAUGAUGCCGGAGGAGAAGAGCGUGGUGACGUGGACGUCGAUGAUGAUCGGGCACGGGAGCCACGGGCAAGGGCGGGAGGCCGUGGAGCUUUUUCGGGAGAUGGUGCGGGCCGGGGUGCGGCCGGACAGGGUGGUGUUUGUGGCGGUGAUCAACGCGUGCAGCCACGCAGGGCUCGUGGAUGAGGGUUUGUCGAUGUUUGAGUCGAUGGGGAGAGAGAAGAAGGAGGCGGGGAGGAGCUGGGUGGAGGUGGCGGGGAAAGUGUGGAGUUUUGUGGCGGGGGAUAAGUUGGGCCCGCGUGUCGAGUGGGUCUACGAGACGGUCGACAUGCUGGCGUUGCAUGUUAUGGAGACGGGAUGUGAUUGGGAGGACGGGACAUGA